ACGCAAUUUCUGUGUCUCCAAUCUCCGAGUUAGCCGUACGAAGAGGCAAGAAAUAACACUUCAACGUGGAAGUGAAAUCACCACAUCAUUCUCUACACUUCUUCUUCUUCUUCUUCGUGUUCUCUGUAAAUCAACGUAUUACUGCAAUGGCACACCUCAAUGCGGCAGCCUCAGCCCUAACUGCUUCACCACUCUUCCCUCCUCUCAAUCGUGGAGUUGUUCAUUGGGGGAAAAUGUUUUGCUGUUCAUCUUUCGCGAAAUUUCGUUCUAGUUCGGUGUUGUUUGGGAGUACUUCGAGGCGUGGACUACCGAGUCUGGUUGGUUGUGCACCGGUGGGGAACGAUGCGGGGAGCAUAGAAGUUUCUCAAGAGGAGGAUGUGAAACCGUAUUCGUGGCCUGAUAAAAAGAGGCCAAGGGUGUGCAUACUUGGUGGUGGAUUUGGAGGACUAUAUACCGCUCUAAGAUUGGAAUCACUCACAUGGCCCGAAGAUAAGAAACCACAGGUGAUUCUUGUUGAUCAAUCUGAACGCUUUGUCUUUAAGCCUAUGUUAUAUGAGCUUCUAACGGGAGAAGUAGACGCAUGGGAGAUUGCUCCUCGGUUUUCGGAUCUGCUUGUAAACACCGGGGUGCAGUUUCUAAAAGAUAAGGUGAAAGUCCUCAGUCCAUGUGACCAUGUGGGAAUAAACGGGCCUAACGUAUCCGGCUGUGGAGGAACUGUUCAACUUGAAAGUGGACUUGCCAUCGAAUAUGAUUGGUUGGUACUUUCUUUAGGAGCUGAACCUAAGCUUGAUAUCAUACCCGGUGCCGUUGAAUAUGCACUACCGUUCUCGACCCUGGAUGAUGCUCUUAAAGUAAAUGACAAAUUAACAAAACUGGAACGCGAGAAUUUUGGUAAGGCAAAUCCGAUUCGUGUGGUGGUGGUAGGCCUUGGUUAUUCAGGCGUUGAGCUGGCGGCCACAGUGUCAGAAAGACUAGAAGGUAAAGGAGUUGUGCAGGCCAUCAGUGUUGACUCGUCAAUCUUACCAACUGCACCUCCUGGAAAUAAAGAAGCCGCUCUAAAGGUUCUUAACUCGAGGAAAGUUGAGCUUCUACUAGGAUAUUUUGUGCGCCGCAUAGGGAAAUCAGGUGAUUCUGUAACUUCUGGUGACGAAUCAGAUGUUACAGCAAGGGGCAAUAAUCCUGAACAGUUAGUUGUGGAGGUACAGCCUACUGAAAAGGGUGCAAAAACACAACUUCUAGAAGCUGAUUUGGUUCUAUGGACCGUUGGAAAUAAACCGUUACUUCCACAAUUAGAACCAAAUGGGUGGCCUUUUGAGCUUCCUGUAACAGGUAGAGGUCAAGCAGAAACAGAUGAAACGCUUCAAGUGAAGGGCCACCCACGUAUAUUUGCUGUCGGUGAUUCUUCUGCUUUAAGAGACCCUAAAGGAAAAGUGCUUCCAGCCACUGCACAGGUUGCAUUUCAGCAAGCAGAUUUUGCUGGUUGGAACAUUUGGGCUGCGAUUAACAACCGUCCACUCUUGCCAUUUAGAUUUCAGAAUUUGGGUGAGAUGAUGGUCCUAGGGAGAAAUGAUGCUGCCAUUACACCAAGUUUUAUUGAGGGCCUAACAUUGGAGGGUCCUAUCGGCCAUGCUGCUAGGAAACUAGCCUACUUGAUCAGGCUACCAACCGACGAGCAUCGGGUUAAAGUUGGGAUCAGUUGGCUUGCCAAGUCUGCGGUAGAUUCCAUUGCAACAGUGCAGAGUAACAUCACCAAAGCUCUUUCGGAUUCUUAAUCUCUCUUUUGUAAUGAAAAUGAAAUUUACCUUCGGUUCAUAAAAUCAUAAUGUGGUAUAUAAUUCAUACAAGGUAUUAGCCGCCUUUAUGCCGUCACGUCGUAAUAAUAACAUUGCUAUCUGGUUUCUCUGGCUUUAAAUCUUUCGUAUACAUUGUUCCCAUUGUAAUCUUGUGGGUUCUUCAACAAUAUCUUCAACAUGUAGGCAUAAACACUAGAAUUAUCCCCAAGAUAAAACUUUCGUUUCGAAA